CCUUAUAAGUGCAGGAUUAGGGUUUUUUGCUGCUCCUCUUAGAAGACCAUCUCCUUCCUCAUUGCAGGCCACUCUUCGCGUCACUCCGCACGCCAGGUGUUUUUGAAGAGAUUUAAAAAUGGUAGAGAAGACCAAAGGGAGAAAGGAGGAGGUAGUUACUAGGGAGUACACUAUUAACCUUCACAAGCGUCUACAUGGGUGCACCUUUAAGAAGAAGGCUCCUAAGGCCAUCAAGGAGAUCAGGAAGUUUGCCGAGAAGGCUAUGGGAACGAAGGAUGUACGAGUGGAUGUAAAGCUGAACAAGCAUAUUUGGAGCAGGGGAAUCAGGAGUGUGCCAAGAAGAAUCAGAGUUCGCAUUGCUCGCAAGAGGAAUGACGAUGAAGAUGCCAAAGAAGAGUUGUACUCCCUCGUCACAGUAUCAGAAAUCCCAGCUGAAGGUCUGAAGGGGCUGGGGACUAAAGUCAUUGAGGAAGAUGAUUGAUUUGUCAUCAGUUUUCGAAAAAGAUGGUAAGAUGAAAUUAGACUGUAGUUCUGAUUUGUUUAAUGAAAGAAGACUACUUUCAUAUUUAGUUGUUUUUGGAGAUUUUCCUUCUGUUAAAUUAACUUAUAGUUCCUGGACUUAUAAAGUAUUUUGAGUGCAAAUGUUUUUUGGUUA